GCCGCAUUCAAGUUUCAACAUCCAAAUCCCAUAUAUAUAUCGACGCGUAGUAUACACAAACGGAGACGCCUCUCUUUUUUCGUUUUCUUCUUCAAUUUCUCGAGCAGGAGAAGCGUCAUGUUUCGCGUCAGCAACAACCUCGUGGGUCUCCUGAACCUGUUGACCUUCGUGCUCUCGAUCCCGAUCCUCGCCGGCGGGAUAUGGCUGAGCCACCAGGCCAACUCCGAGUGCGAGCGCUGGCUCGAGAAGCCCGUGAUCGUGCUCGGCGUCUUCCUCAUGGUGGUGUCCCUGGCGGGGCUGGUCGGCGCGUGCUGCAAGGUCUCCUGGCUCCUCUGGUUCUAUCUGCUCGUCAUGUUCCUCCUCAUCCUCCUCCUCACCGUCUUCACCAUCUUCGCCUUCGCCGUCACCAACAAGGGCGCCGGACAGGUCGUCUCCGGCCGCGGCUACAAGGAGUACCGCCUCGGAGACUACUCCAACUGGCUCCAGAAGAGGGUCAACAACAACAAGAACUGGAACAAGAUCAAGAGCUGCUUGCACGACAGCAAGGUCUGCUCCAACUUCGCUAACAAGUACGUCAACAUCUCCGCUGGUGAGUUCUACACCGAGCAUCUCUCCGCGCUUCAGUCUGGUUGCUGUAAGCCACCAAAUGACUGUGAUUUUACCUAUGUGAACGCGACUGAAUGGACCAAGCCCGCGGUUGUUAAUUCUACUAACCCCGACUGCAACACAUGGGACAAUGCCUCGGCCGAUUUGUGCUACAGCUGUGAGUCGUGCAAGGCCGGAUUGCUAGACAACAUUAAAAGUAACUGGAAGAAGGUGGCUGUUCUCAACGUUAUCUUCCUUGUCUUCCUCAUCAUUGUCUACUCUGUUGGGUGCUGUGCGUUCAGAAAUAACAGGAAAGACAAUGCUUACUGGAGCAGGCAGUAGGCUGGAUUAUAUGUUAGCAUGUAGAGUGGUUAGCUAGGUGGGCUACCUCUUGUUUUGUGGAUUAGAUAUCCCAGUGCCUGCACCUAUAUGUUUUGUUAUCUGUAAAUGUAUUUUUUGCUAUUCUUAGUUGUAUUCUUCGAGUUUGUUAUGACUUUAUGAUAUUUCUCUGCUUGCUAGUUUGAUCA